AUGUCAAACAAAGAGUAUCAAGUUUUGGAUAUCGUUAACACACUCGAUAAAGCUAACGCCAUAACAAAACAACAUCAAGUGUCAAAAUAUCGAACGUAUAAUUUAUCUAAUUCUACUACAUAUUAUUAUCGAUGUAGUCAAUAUCGGAAAUAUCCAUUAUGUCAAUACGAAAUACAAAUUUGUGUUCCAAGUACUAAUUCAACGCCGAUUAAUUUAACGUUUAAAAAUGCACGCUGUCAUGAAUAUCGUAAUACUACAAGUCGCUUAUCUUCUCCAAUACGUGCAUCAGUUGAAAAAUAUGUCAAAUAUAAUCUUACACAAAGUCAUACUAAAACUAUAUUAUCUAUGGAUUAUCCAAAUGUUUCAUUACCAACUAGUCAGUUGUCAAAUUUGAUCGCUUAUCAAUGGUGUAAUAAUCAUCAAUAUAAAGCUGAUGAUUUGCAUGCAACGUUUGUUCCUUAUUAUUCGAUUAAUAAUAUCCAUGAUAUUUUCGUUCUUUUUACUACUAAAAAAUUAAUAAGUCAAACACCAUUAACUACAUUAUUACAGGUCGACGCUACAUACAAACUUACUUGGAAUGAGCUGCCAUUGUUAGUAUUUGGUUCGUUGGAUGCAGAUCGGCAUUUUCACCCAUUUGCCAUUGCUUUAGUAUCUAAUGAUGAGGAUUCCAUCUGUUGUAAAGAUUUAUUUAAUCAACUUCAAUUAAUAUCAACACAAGAAAAUAAUCGUCCAUUUUACAUCAAUUUUAUUAUGGCUGAUGGUGCACCAGGAAUAAGAAAAGCUCAAAAGGAUCUUUUUCCUGGAGCAAAACGAUUAAUGUGCUGGGCACAUGUCAUUCGUAAAUGCCGUGAACAUCGUAAAUUAGUUCCAAAAGAUAAAUGGAACCAAAUUGAUCUUGAUAUACACGAUUUACAAUUAAGUUUUUCAGAUUCUUUAUUUCAAUGCGGUGCAUCAUUGUUAAUGAAAAAAUGGAGCAGUGAUACACUUAUUAAACAUUUUCAAGAAUAUUUUUACGAUCAAUGGAUUAUAAAACUACCAUUAUGGCGAGAAAAGUAUGAGGGUGCAGGAAUAAAUAUACCGUCAACGAAUAAUGGAUGCGAGUCAUUAAAUGGAAAAAUCAAACAACAGUAUACACUUCGAAAUAAAUUACACUUAUCAUCGUUUCUUCCAAAGAUUGAACAAAUGCUUCAUGACUGA